AUGGGAUCCUUUGUCAAACCCCUUUUGCUUCUCCUUUUUGUCAUGGCUACCUGUGAUCCUGCUACAUCCACAAACUCAAACUCUACCACACAGACAUUAUUAUUAGGAGAACGGAACGGCUCUGUCGAUUAUUUGUUAUUGCACACCGUACAUGUGCGUAUAGUCAACAAGCUUGGUCACAACUUACCUCUCAGUGUUCAUUGCAAAUCCAGAGAUGAUGAUCUUCAGGUUCAUGUCAUUAACUAUAACAAAAGUUUUGGGUUUCACUUCCGUCCUAAUUUUUGGGGCACAACGUUGUUCUUCUGUCACUUUUCAUGGAGUGGGGGACAAGGGACCUAUGAUAUCUAUAAGGAUAGGAGGGAUAAUGAUAGGUGCACAUUUCACUGUGAUUGGUAUGCCACCAAAGAAGGUUUAGAAGGCUAUACAGAAGAGAGUUCGUUUUUAGGCAGGCCACACAAGCGAGACAUAUUGUUCCAGUGGGAAAAUCCAUGA